CAGCAGGAUAAACGUAACCGGUCGUUGCUAACAACUUCAAACAGUCCUUUCGGAGCCUGUCAGCGUGUGUCGCCUGGGUGUGCUGCUUCUUCCUCUGGCCUGAGACCUGGAAACAUGCUGUCCUUCGCUUUGAGACAACUCACACGGCCACUGUGCCACCGAGCCCCAGUUCGUCUCAGUGUACGUGGCCAGCAGUCCCAUGCUGCUCGUUCAGUGGAUGAAGAUCGACCAUGGACAGGCCAGGAAAGCCUGGCUCAGGACGACCCCGAGAUGUGGGAUCUGCUGCAAAAGGAGAAGGACAGGCAGUGCCGCGGCCUGGAGCUCAUUGCAUCUGAGAAUUUCUGCAGUCGAGCAGCUCUGGAGGCUCAGGGCUCCUGUCUGAACAACAAAUAUUCUGAAGGCUACCCAGGGAGAAGAUACUAUGGUGGAGCAGAAGUGGUCGACCAAAUUGAGCUGCUGUGUCAGAAACGAGCCUUGGAGGCCUUUGACCUGGACCCAGCUCUGUGGGGCGUCAACGUCCAGCCAUACUCCGGAUCCCCCGCUAACUUUGCAGCCUACACCGCCGUGCUGAAGCCCCAUGACCGCAUCAUGGGCCUGGACCUGCCUGACGGUGGACAUCUGACCCAUGGCUACAUGUCCGACGUAAAGAGGAUCUCAGCAACUUCAAUCUAUUUUGAGUCCAUGCCGUACAAGCUGAAUAUUAAAACAGGACUCAUAGACUACGACCAGAUGGAGAUGACGGCCAAGCUGUUCCGGCCCAAGCUCAUCAUCGCUGGCACCAGCGCCUAUGCCCGCCUCAUUGACUACGCCCGCAUCAAGAAGCUGUGUACCGAGAUCAAGGCCUACAUGCUAUCUGACAUGGCUCAUAUCAGUGGCCUGGUGGCAGCAAAAGCCAUCCCCUCUCCCUUCGAAUAUUCUGACCUGGUCACCUCUACCACACACAAAUCCCUCAGAGGAGCCAGGGCUGGUCUCAUCUUCUACCGUAAGGGUGUUCGCUCAGUGGACAAGAAGGGUAAGGAGAUCAUGUACGACCUCGAGGACAAGGUCAACUUCUCCGUCUUCCCCUCCCUGCAGGGUGGACCUCAUAACCAUGCCAUCGCCGGUGUGGCUGUGGCACUCAAACAGGCACAGUCUCCCAUGUUCAAGGAGUACAUCGCCCAGGUGCUGAAGAACUCCAAGGCUAUGGCUGCAGCUCUCCUCAGUAAAGGCUACACAGUAGUAUCAGGUGGGACCGAAAACCACCUGGUCCUGGUGGACCUGCGGCCUAAGGGCAUUGACGGCGCUCGGGCUGAGAGGGUGCUGGAGCUCGUGUCAAUCACUGCCAAUAAGAACACCUGCCCCGGGGACAAGAGCGCCCUGACUCCUGGUGGCCUCAGGCUAGGUGCUCCGGCCCUAACCUCCAGGCAGUUCAAAGAAGCUGACUUCGAGCAUGUUGUCGAAUUCAUGGAUGAGGGCUUCAAGAUUGCCUUGGAUGUCAAGAAAAAGACAGCCAAGCUCCAGGACUUCAAGAACUUCCUCCUUGAGGACCCAGAGACUGUGGCUCGCAUUGCCGAUCUGCGUCACAGAGUUGAAGCUUUUGCCAGACCCUUCCCUAUGCCAGGCUUCCAUGACCAUUAGACAAGCCAGCAUAGAGUUGGCUGGGCAGGAGCGUGCAAGAAGAGGGGGAACAAUGUCAUGGUGGUGAAAUGUGGUUGGCGCUUGUCAAUGGGCAGUUCCCUUUUUUUUCCAAUCAAAUAAGGAAAAUCACAUUUUUUAUUACUAUUUUGCAGUUGUCUAUCAGUUUCCAAUUUAUACAUGGCCUCCAUGUUGAGGUAAAGGAACAAUAAACUUGGUCAGAUUUUUGUAUAGCUCAAGAACAUAUUUUCUAUUGUAUUUGUAAAGCUCUGUCUCAGUUGUCUUCACACCAUUUCUUUAAUGUGGUUGUGUGUAAGGAAAAAAAAAACAUGUCAAAUCAAACCAGUCGAACUACAACUAACAGCUCUUGGUGUCACUGACUUGAUGAGUGUAUAAUUAGUUAUUAUAAUGAGACACACUGAAGAGUCUUAAUGCUGUAAAGCGUCUUAACUAAUGUCACUAAUGUAUGUCAUUACAUUCACAUGGAAAUGUGCAUGAUAGCUUUCUGGUGUAAUUGUCUGAUUAUGAAAUCAGGUACACAAAGAGGUGUUCUGCCAUAAAAUGUAUUAUUGAAAAUCAGAAAUUAACUAACAUUAUUUUUUUAGUAGAGAUUUGUCUCUGCACUGGAAGGAUCCAAGUCAGAUUACACAGGAGGUGGACGUGACAUUUUUUGAUAUUAGUCUCCAAUAUAGCAAAACUACAACCUGUGGUCACAAAUAAUGUUUAAAACACAUCUCACACACAGUGUAAACAAACAAAUAUAAGCUUUAAAAGAGGCAGAAUUUAAUGGUACUCUAAUAUUAUUAGAUGGCAUUACUUUGAAACACGGGGUGGACAGAUUUCUUUUUACACUUUUGGCAUUGCUUCAUCUGUUCUUCCUCCAGCGUAUCAAUAUCAGAUUCUGUCUGAUUUAGAUUUUGUUGUGACAGAUAAUCAAAUGGACUAACAGACUGGAUUAUUUCAAAACUUUCCUUUUUUAAGUGCGUUUACAAAGAGUAUAUACUUUUCUAUAUAUUAUUUAAAGAGUUAACUAUGUGACUGCCAUCAUUUUACAAACAUCUUAAGGUUUCCAAUGCCAGCUGAUUUGUUGUACUAGAAGAAAGAUUAUUUGUAGUGCAGUUUGCCUGAUUUAAAUGUCAUUUAUAUCACCAUUGUGUUCAAUGAUGGAAACUGUGAAACAGCUUGAUUUGGUGAAACAUUUUUGGCAGUGCUGUGUUGUCUAUCUGUUUCACAGAUUGAAACAAUUGUCAUUAUCACUGCAUCAGUGAGGAAGCAAGAUUUCUGUUUGUGGAAUGGUGUUAGAGCACAAUUUAGAAAAAGGGUGUCAGAAAUGGUGUGGGGUACUCUCUUAGUUUGCACAAAACGCAGCUUCUAAAAUGAACCAAAUCAUAUGAACUAUCCACAUCAUGACUUAGUGACUGCUGAUAGACUAGACUUUGCCAAAAUAUACCAAUAUGUAUUUUACUACAGUGUCAAAUGUUUGCCUGCUACCAGCACUUAUCAGCCAUUGUACAUCAACACAAGUUUAAACUUUAUUUUACAACAUUUUUAUUGACAUUUAAUUUGUAUUAGCUGAGUCCUAAUAAAACACAAUAAUCCAAUCAUA